AGAGGAUACCCUUUCACCCUUACACUUUGUAAACCCCACAAGUCUCUACGGCAAAACACCCGUGCCCUCCAAGACUCAGCGCGUGACGCAAGGCAAGAAGCGCGGCCGAAAGGUACGCUUCUUUAUGUACCUUCUGUCUCGCAAACCGUGGCAUCUAGACUACUGUUUGCUCUCUCCAAAUCCCAGAGCAACUGUCUCGAAUAACCCCCAUAUACAGCUCGCCACAGCUCGUGACGACCUUGAAUCGAGCCAGCAGAUGCGGGUUACCGUCUCUCCACUUCGUUCGAUCAUCUAGGAGUCUAGUCUUGGCCCAGCAUGAACUCCUCAAGCUAUCUGGUCGGCUGCCGGACGGUCACCUUCAGACCUCAAUUAUCCACAAGCCGGUCUAACUUGAGGCUCAUUGCUUCGGCUCUCACCAUUCACUCAGCGCCAGUUCUCGCUCGUCGUGACUUGAGCUCCAAGCGCCACAAGUCGCAACAGCCAACUGCAAGUCCUCGGAGCCUUUGCCGUCCACGACCUCUGUACCUGCAGAAACAUGUUCAGGUUACACCACCCACAGAGCUUGUUCGUUUUGCAUCCCUUGCUGCAGACCCGCAUGACGAGGAGAUCCCGACCAGUCCACCCUUCACUGCCGGUCCGUAUUCCACGCUGACUGUAGGAAUCCCGCGCGAGAGCUUCCCGGGUGAACGCCGCGUGGCCAUCACUCCCCAGAAUGUCAAGCUACUUCUGAAGAAAGGUUUCUCCCGCAUUCUGAUCGAGCGAGGUGCUGGCCUAGAGGCCCAAUUCACCGACGAGGCCUACGAGCAAGCUGGUGCCAAGACGGUUGAUCGCAGGAGCGUUUUCAGCGAGAGUGACAUCUUGCUGAAGGUGCGAGCCCUCAGCAUCGAUGGGCCGGACAGCGAAGUCGAUGCCAUCCGGGAGGGGGCUACGGUCAUUUCGUUCCUUUACCCCGUGCAGAACAAAGCCGUCGUUGAUAGACUUUCCGACCGAAAAGCUACUGCAUUUGCCAUGGAUAUGGUACCUCGCAUUUCUCGCGCUCAGGUUUUUGAUGCAUUGAGUUCUAUGGCGAACAUUGCGGGUUACAAAGCUAUUUUAGAGGCUUCAAACCAUUUCGGACGUUUCCUGACUGGUCAGGUGACUGCUGCAGGAAAGAUUCCUCCCUGCAAAGUGCUUGUCAUUGGAGCUGGUGUUGCAGGUUUGAGUGCUAUUGCCACGGCUCGCCGUAUGGGUGCAAUCGUUCGUGGUUUUGAUACCCGCUCUGCAGCUCGCGAGCAAGUCCAGUCUCUCGGUGCUGAAUUCAUUGAAGUUGAGCUUCAGGAAGAUGGUUCCGGAACAGGUGGUUACGCGAAAGAGAUGUCCAAGGAGUUCAUCGAAGCUGAGAUGAAACUCUUCCACGAGCAAUGCCGCGAAGUUGAUAUUGUGGUUACUACGGCCCUCAUUCCCGGAAAGCCUGCUCCGAAACUCAUCACCAAAGCUAUGCUCGGCGCCAUGAACCCCGGAUCUGUCGUCGUUGACCUCGCAGCUGAAGCUGGAGGAAAUUGCGAAGCUACAGUUGCCGGGAAGAUCAACCGUUACAAUGGAGUCACAGUGAUUGGCUACACUGAUCUCCCAUCUCGUCUGCCAACCCAAUCUUCGACUUUGUAUUCCAACAACGUUACCAAAUUCUUGUUUUCCCUCGUUCCUGAAGACAAGAAGGAAAAGUAUUACGACGUUGACCUAAAGGACGAGGUUACCCGUGGCUCCAUCGUAACAUACAAUGGAAAAGUCAUUCCUCCUGCACCACGACCCGCCCCGCCACCAGCACCAGCUUCGAAGGCACCAUCGCCAGCUGAUCAAGUCGCCAACAUUGUAGCACUGACGCCAUGGCAAAGCCAAACUCGUGAGGUUGCAGGCAUCACCGCAGGAAUGACGACUGCCCUAGCUCUUGGAAAAUUCACUGGCCCUUUGUUCAUGUCUAACGCCUUCACGUUCGCUCUCGCCAGUCUCAUCGGAUAUCGGGUGGUUUGGGGAGUCGCACCGGCCCUGCAUUCGCCUUUGAUGAGUGUCACCAAUGCCAUCUCUGGUAUGGUCGGUAUCGGUGGCUUCUUCGUCAUGGGAGGUGGAUAUCUCCCCGAAACGAUACCCCAGACUCUUGGUGCACUCUCUGUCCUUCUCGCUUUUGUCAAUGUAUCUGGAGGUUUCGUCAUCACCAAGCGCAUGCUGGACAUGUUCAGACGGCCAGGUGAUCCUGCAGAGUUCCCCUGGCUUUAUGCCGUUCCAGCUCUAUUGUUUGGCGGAGGUUACGUCGCUGCUGCCAGCACUGGCAUGGCAGGCCUUGUCCAAGCUGGAUACCUAGUCAGUAGUGUUCUCUGCAUGACUUCAUUGUCAGGACUCGCUUCUCAAGCUACCGCCCGCCGUGGCAAUCUCCUCGGAAUCCUUGGUGUCUUCUCUGGUAUUCUCGCAUCGCUACUUGCAGUCGGUUUCCCCACAGACGUACUGGUUCAAUUCGGUGGCCUCGCUGCUGCUGGAACGGUCGCUGGACUCGUCAUUGGACGCAGAAUCACCCCCACGUCUCUCCCUCAGACCGUCGCUGCUUUGCACUCCGUCGUCGGUCUUGCCGCCGUUCUUACCAGUAUCGGUAGCGUCAUCGGCCACAGCGGCGACGUCUCGACCUUGCAUAUGGUGAGUGCCUACCUGGGCGUCCUCAUUGGAGGUAUAACGUUCACUGGAAGUUUGGUCGCGUUCAUGAAACUGGCUGGGCGGAUGUCCUCCAAGCCUCUCAUAUUCAAAGGAAGACACGUUCUCAACACCUCCCUGCUCGCAGCCAACGUGGGCACAAUGGGAUACUUCUUGACGGCGGCCUCGGGCGCACCAUUGAUAGGCGCGGCCUGCUUGACCGGCAACGCUCUGCUCAGUUUCAUAAAGGGAUACACGACAACCGCAGCCAUUGGAGGCGCAGACAUGCCCGUCGUUAUCACGGUGCUAAACGCAUAUUCUGGGUUCGCUCUGGUUGCUGAAGGCUUUAUGUUGGACAAUUCCCUUUUGACGACCGUCGGAGCACUCAUUGGUGUCUCUGGCUCAAUCCUGUCGUACAUCAUGUGCGUGGCAAUGAACCGAUCCCUCACGAACGUCCUCUUCGGCGGAAUAGCGACCACACCGCAGAGUCAAGCCACCAAGAUCGAAGGCGAAGUCACCAAGACGACUGCCGAAGAGACGUCCGAGGCGCUCGCGAACGCAGAAAACGUCAUCAUCGUCGUCGGCUACGGCAUGGCAGUCGCGAAAGCACAGUACGCCAUCUCAGACUUCGUCAAGUACCUACGCAGCAAGGGCGUCAAUGUGCGCUUUGCCAUCCACCCAGUCGCGGGACGCAUGCCGGGCCAGUGUAACGUGCUGCUGGCCGAGGCGUCGGUCCCCUACGACAUCGUGCUCGAGAUGGACGAGAUUAACGACGACUUCCCGGACACGGACGUCACGCUCGUCAUUGGCGCGAACGAUACUGUAAAUCCGAUUGCGAUGGAGCCUGGUUCCGCGAUCGCGGGUAUGCCGGUGUUGCAUGCGUGGAAGAGCAAGCACGUCGUGAUUAUGAAGAGAGGCAUGGCUAGUGGGUAUGCAGAUGUGCCGAACCCAAUGUUUUACAUGGAGAACACGAAGAUGCUUUUCGGCGAUGCAAAUGAUAGUUGCAAUGCUAUUAAACGGGCUCUCGAGGAGAAGAAGUAACGACGGUAUGGAUAGACGGGCAGCCGACGAUGUAGAUGGCGUAACACCCGAUCUUUUCCUUCCUUUUUUCCCUCAUUUUCCCCAUCUCUCUUCUCGCUUCACUUGCAGACAUCUAUAUCUGGCGCCUUUUGGGAUCGAACAACCAGCACCUACCUACCCAUCCCACCAGUCUAUAUCAGUAAGGCAGAAACCCGCACAUAUAGCAUAUAGCGUAGAUGCAUCGGAAUAGACCACCACCGCCGUAUAUUGCCUUGCUGUGCACAUGAAAACCCGCUUUUUGCAGUCAUCGUGACGUGAUGUUGUGCCACAGCAGCAAGCAGUACGGGAUUUCGAUCUCAUCAUGUACCACCUGGCAGACAUGCACGACCUUUCGCGUUUGGGGUUUCUGAAGAAAUUAAGACAAUAGAAACCAUGCAGGUCCUAGAAGUCAAAAUAAAGAAUCCACUACUCCCUCAAGUCCAGCCACCAAGCGGACAUUCCAGCGCCGUCG